AUGGUAUUAUCAUUCUUAAAUCAAGUAAUAUGGAAACCUUAUAUUAGAGCUUUAGAUAGAUUCCCUUUGAUUGUAAAAUCAUUAACAACAGGUACAUUAAUGGGUACAGGAGAUGUAAUGGCACAAUCAAUUGAAUAUUAUAGAUAUGGAGAAAAGACUAAAAAGAAAUCAUUUGAAUGGGAUAUAGGCAGAACAAUGACAAUGUCGGGUGUAGGUCUAUGUUUUAGUGGACCGGUCUUACAUUUUUGGUAUAGAAAGUUGGAUAGAGUAUUCAAGGGAGAAGGAAAGAUUGUGGUUGCUAAAAAGCUUGCUUGCGAUCAAUUAUUGUUUGCUCCAUGUGUCAUUUCAGUGUUUAUGGGUAUCAUGGACACUCUCAAUCAUAAAUCACCAAAUAGUAUCCUCCCAAGAAUCAAAAGGGAUUUACCUCCUGCUUUACUCGUAAAUUGGUCUCUUUGGCCACUUGCACAGACAGUUACUUUUUCUGUCAUUCCUCCUCAUCUUCGUGUAUUAUUUGUUUCAAUCGUCUCUGUAUUUUGGAAUAUUUUCCUUUCUCAACUUGGUAAUAAAAAAGAUGAUCAACAAUAA